AUGUCUGAGUUCAACAAAGAAGAGGCGGCGACGACGACCAUCCAGUCGCCGUCCGAGACCUCUUUCCCUGCCGUCAAGUCAGCACAGGAAAAACAAUUGGUCAGGAAGCUGGAUCUUGUCCUGAUGCCAGGACUGAUGCUUGCAUACUUCACACACACACUUGAUCGGGCUAAUCUGGGAAAUGCAAAGACUGAUGGGCUUGAAAAGGAUCUUGGGCUUCAUGGAAACCAGUAUUCUCUGCUGUUGAUUCUUUUCUACAUUCCCUAUGGACUAUUCAACAUACCAGCAACAUUGACUGCAAAACGUUUCAACCCCGCUGUGGUUAUGCCAAUCAUCAUGUUCCUUUGGGGCAUUUUCGCGAUGGCUUCAGCCGCAACCACAAAUUUUGGAGGCAUAUUAGCAUGCAGGGUGUUGAUGGGCGCAGUAGAAGCAGGGUUUUUGCCAUGUGCUAUCUUCUACUGCUCUCUGUUUUAUUCUAGAAAAGAGCUGGCCUUCAGAGUCUCGGUAUUUGGAAUGAUGGGAUUCAUUGCCGGUGCAGUCAGUGGUGUUAUUGCGUACAGCGUUUUCAAGUGGCAUCAAGCGUUGAAGGGCUGGCAAUAUCUUUUUUUGAUCGAAGGCGCAAUGACUGCCGGGAUCGCAGUUUUCAACUUCUUCUGGCUACCCCACAGCGUCAGCAAGUCACGAUGGUUUACCGAAGAGGAAGCAUUACUCUCUGAAUCCCGUCUUCACGAGGAUACAAGUUCUGAACGCUUCUCUUGGCCCGAUGCUAAAAACGAAUUAAAGGACUGGAGAAACUGGAGCUUUGCGUUCAUGGCUCUGAUGUAUGGUGUCGGUUCCAACUCUAGUUCUAACUUUCUACCUACGAUGGUAAAGCGACUUACUAUUGACACGCCGAGGGCCAAUCUGUAUACUGUGGGCCCAAAUUUGACUGCUGCCUUCAUUCAGUUGACGACAUCCUGGUUUUCGGAUAAGAUACAACAACGUGCAACAGUAGCAGCAGGAGCUAUAUUAGUUUCCCUUAUUGGUUUUGUGCUUUUGGGAACACUUGACCUUAUACAUAACGUCAAGGUUGGGUACUUCAUCACCUAUUUAAUCACAUUUGGAACAUUUACCCCCGGAAUCUUGGUUCCAGCAUGGGUCGCCAGUAACACGCACACUACAACUGGUAGGGCUGUCACAUUGGGAUUGCUGUUUGCAGGUCAGAACUUAGCAGGAAUCAUCUCUUCCGCUGUUUUCAGAACACAGGACGCGCCGAUUUACAGGCCGGCUCUGAUCACUGUAGCGGUUACCCAAGGAAUCUACAUUCUUGUUUCUCUUACUCAACGCCAGUACUAUGUAAAGAUUAAUAAGAAGCUGGACAGUAGGGAGAUCACUAGGGUUGUGGGUAUCGAGAACAACCCCGAGUUCCGCUUUGCUCUUUGA